CACCGGAGGUAACAGAUCCGACUCGACGUCCCAGUAAGCCAGGGGAAGGGAACCGACCCUUGACCGUUAGUACAUAUUGAGAUGUAUGUACUUAUCCUCUUACUUAGCAGUUGGGGUAUCUCUAAGCAGCAAUAUGGCUACGUUGACUCCACCUCAUGCGUUCAUGCCAACCAUUCUACCAUCUCUCUCUCGGCUUGGCAAACGGGUCCGGCAGCCAACGAAACCGUCCAGCUUGCCUGCGAGAGAAUCGGCGUGUGUCGACAACCAAGUCUCACCCGUGCUCUCUCCGCCCCGGCUCGAUCCUGCGUAGAUGUUAUAUACGUAGUAGGUAUGUACGCGUAUGUACGUCGACAAGCUUCGACUCGGCUAACUCGGAUGGGGCGGGGUGGGAUGGUUUGUUUCUGUUUGUUGCAUCAAUCGUCUUCUAAUGUCUUCGGACCAGUGUCAGCCAUCUGCUGUUGAUCCGCUGUGUCGAAACGCCGGCUCGCCGCCAACGUCACCCUAACCGUUUUGCGUCGUGGUAGUGGCAGCAGGAGUCGAGAGAGGGAGAGAAGAAGGAAAGGAUAGAGGAGCCCCUUGUAUCGGCAGUCAAGCUUCUACGUCGGUAGUCUGGGAUUUCCCCGGAGGUAAGGAAGGGAGAGGGAGGAAGAGGAAAAGGCGGGAAUCUAACAAUUCAGGAUAUAUCGAGAAGGCGUGCACACCUUUUUGGCGGUGUCGGCUGGGUUAAUAUUACGAAAAAGACUUAGACCAGCCUCGCUAC